AUGGCACUCAGGGACAUCGCAGAAGAGUACUUUCGUACUAUGAGUCCGUUGGCUGCAAAAAUUCAUGAAGAUGUUACAGAAGCUAAGAAUGCAUAUGAAAACAUUUGGGAUACUUUAUCCUACAAGGAAAAGGCGGAAAUACUGAACGAGUCCAUAAUCAAACCGGAGAUCGCCAUCCAGUACACCCUUCUGGACUCGCUGGACUUCGAUCUGGACGAGCCGCGCGUCCGCAAGGACGACCUUAUGUCGUUCUUCAGCCGGGAGCACGGCCUGAGGAUGAUCAGGGACGAGGGCGGCUCCUACAGGGACGAGCACUCGGCCCCGUUCCUCUACCAGACCGACAGCCAGCUGAACCUGUGCGUUCUGAGCGAGCACAGAGGCCAGAGGCACACCAAGUGCACCUCACCGCCGCCCGUGCUCACCGAGCUCGCGCUGUCCCACUCGAAGGUGGUGAACGAGCUCAAGAACGCGCUGAGGUCUCACGACGUGCUGAAGGGAACGUACAAGGAGCCCCAGGGCAGGGAGGUGGCGGUCACCUCGCCUACCGGCUUCAUCGGCAAGCUGAUGGGCAACUUCAAGUGCAAGGAUGAGGAGCGGGAGUGCCUGGUGGCAGGGUCCGCGGCCCAGAUAGUGGCCUCCUCGGACAACUUCUUCCGCACGAACUUCCAGGGCGCCCAGGGCUCGGAUUUGGACUGCUUCAGGCACAGGGGCGAAGCCAAAUACGACAAGGACUACAGGAACAGCGUCAUCAAAUCUAGCAGCGAUUUGUCCGAGGAGAACCGCGGUCUUCUCUCCUCCAGCCAAGCGUCCUCCGGCACCGAUUUCCAGUCCACGGAGACCCUCACCGAAGCAGCCAGCCUACCGAAGACCGGCUACGACUUUUUGGACAACUGG